AUGCGGCCCGCACGGUUAUUCCGUGAUGAUCAUGUAUACCAGCAUUCUCCAAUCCCGAAGAACGGAUUUCGCCUCGCUCUGCUCCAGCCAGCAGAGACCGAAAACGAUCCCAUCCGCUGUCGCAUCGUGUCAACUACAGAUUUCACCAGAAGUUAUGAGGCCUUGUCAUACACCUGGAGGAAUCCAGACCUCACAUGGGUCGACGUCAUGGUGGAUGGCCGUCUAUAUUCAAUCCCUGGCAAUCUUCACGAAGCUCUUCAAUUCCUUCGGUUGAAGAAUCAUGAGAGAGCCCUCUGGAUUGACGCAAUAUGCAUCAACCAGAGGGAUAUAGAAGAAAGGCGCCAUCAGGUUUCAUUAAUUCGGGACAUCUUUCAAUGUGCUUCCAGAGUCUGCGUUUGGCUAGGCCAAGAAGACGAGAGUAGCAGAACCGCCAUGCAGUUCAUCGGAAAACUAGGCCAAGUUUCAGACCUAGAUAGCCUCGUUCGAGAUUCUAGCUUCGACGAAGAAUGGAGAGCUGUACUUGACUCGUGUCUCGCUCUCCUUGUUCGCAAAUCUCAAAUCUGUAUGGAAUACGGCCCAGUCACGGAAUUUGGUGCAAGCCGCCUUGUGGACAUCGUGAAUCGGAUCUUCAAAAGAAAUGAGCUUGGGAAGAUCCAAAGCCCGUCACUGUCAUUGGAGACCCUCGUUACGACAUUGUCCCUAUUUCAGUCUACGGAUCCUCAUGACCGUAUAUUUGCUCUCCUUGGACUAGCGAAUGAUACUGAAAGAUGGCCAAAGACCCAGGAAUUUAGCGAACAGGAAUUCGAAACCGCGUCGAUAGACGAGACCCAAGGCGACACGAGCCGGGCAGGACCUCCGGAUCAAGGAGCUCAGAGUCUUCAGGCAGCCUCCGCAUACCUCGAAGUCCAUGAAACUACGGCAAUCCGAAGCAGAAUCUUGGAAUCGAACCAGAGCAUAGACACAGUCCAGGAUGGCCAAAUUCAUAUCAGCAUUGACUAUUCGAAGGACUUUUCACAGCUGUGUGAUGAAUUUGUUAGCUUCGCCAUCUCCAAAUCGGGCUCUCUUGAUAUUAUCUUUCAACCUUGGGCGCCUGGCGGUGCAGGGUCAAACCUCUCAUCUUGGAUUUGCACUUUAGAUCGCCUGGCAUUCGGCGUGCGCAGUAAGAAUGAAUGGCCUGAGGCUGUUCGAGUGAAUGCAGAUCCGUUUGUGAGCCCACCAGGGCAACCUCGCACUUACAGCGCAUCCGGCAAGCUCAAAGUUCAGAAAGGAUGGCGCAUUGCUGGGGGCGAAAAGGGACUGCAUGUCAUGGGAGUGACUGUCGAUUCCGUCGAUGCAAUCACCUCUCCAGCUUGGGAUGGAAAUAUGCCAACAGAAUGGCUCAAAUUUGGUGGCAUGUCAAAAGACACAGUCCCAGAGGCGAUAUGGCACACUCUUGUGGCUGGACGUGGGCCUCAAGGCACUAAGUGCCCGUCAUACUAUUCCAGGGCAUUCGAAGCGACCCUGCAUGGAAUCGGCGAAUCUAGCGUCGUCAUUGUCGAUCAAAUCCAGUUUGACGAGCCUGGAUCUAUCAAGAGCGAAUUUUGGCGCCGAGCCCAAGCUGUAAUAUGGGACAGAUCUUCAAUCAAGACCAGACAAGGGAGGCUAGGAAUUGCCCCUUCUCACGCCGAGAUAGGUGAUUGUAUUUGCAUUCUUUUUGGUUGUAAUGUUCCCAUUUUACUUCGAAAAGAUCUGUUUGGUACAUACCAACUAGUUGGCGAGAGUUACAUAUAUGGCAUUAUGGACGGCGAAGCACUUGAUGUACGCGAUCGAGUUAUUGAAGCAACCUGGUUUGAUAUCAAUUCAAGGGAAGUAAAUCGAAGACCACCGCCCUCUCCGCCGCUUGAGCUUGGUAUGAGCCUCAAGCCUGCCUCACCAACUGCCACCUUCUCUCGGGUACGAAAGAAAAGUCUUGUGGCUAGAAAGCCUCAGCCUGUAACUGUGCCCGCUCAAUUAGAUAUUGUCCCCAAACAGUUUCGUCUUCAUUGGACUUGCUCUUGCGGCUACAGGGGAAACGACUCCUUUAUGGAAUACCGAGCAGGUGCCAUAGAUGAAUUAGCCAGGAGAUUAGAAGUUGCCUGUGUCGUCGUUUUAGUGGAACUGCUCGGACUAUCGGGCCCCUUCCUUGAUGCAAUCAAGAUGUUCCUCGUCCUUAUUAGCAUUUUCUUUUUAAACAUAUUGCUUGAUCUAGAUAGGACAUUUCGAAGCCGUAGUGGAGACCAAGCGGACGGCAGUCCGACGGGAGUGCAAGUAAACCCAUCUGGGAACCAUCCGGCCACAGAUUCGCCCAAGAAUUCGCCAUUGAAAACUCCGUCAUCCAAAAGAGCGCACGGCCCAUUAUCCUCGUCCAGCCAACCAAGUGGACAGAGCUCUAGCAGUGGUAUUCCACUAAUAACAAGCUCUAGCGCUACUCCCCGGGCACCAACAACUAGCAGUCCCGUGACGGCUGACUAUGUUCUUCUGUGCAUCAAUGAUUCGAAGCUUUUGGUCACUCGAGAUGACUUGGACCUGACUCCAGUAGUCUCAGACUAG